CUCAACACCCAAUUCAUGGGGACACUAGGUCACGUUACAGACCGAGACUACAUUCAUAUCAACGAGUGUGUGUCAACUUUGUCCGGGCUGUUAGCUGCUGUGAAAUAAAACUUACAUAAGUGCAUCGAGUGUAAUCUCUCGUGAUGUGCUGACAACAGUGUGGCAGCUAGUGGAAGACCUGAUGCCUGAACACCCGAACACAGUGAUAUCGUGAAUAGAGAUUUACUUACCCUGCGAUUCCAGAUACAGAUACAAAUUGUUGAGAGGUGUUGGUCGUCCCAGCUUCAACACCAUCCAUUCACGCCAACAACGACGAUGUCUUGCCGGAGCUUUACCUCAAGCUCCACUCGAAUAGUGAGGAGCCGGUUCAGCGAGUCAUGGUACUCCUUUGGGCGAACACGGCCCACUAUGCUAGAACUCGACAGCCACUUCCGGAACAUGUGGAGAGAUGACCUGAGGGAAAGGGAGACAAUCACAAGGCGGCUUGAAGGCUUUGGCCAGAAUCUCCCAGGAAACAAUGAAGAAGAGUAUGAACGAGCAGAGGUAACAGAGGCCGAUUUGGCCGCGAAACUGCACGUGACCAGCCUUGACUUUAACAUAUCGGAGAACACCAAGCAGCACCACACUGACAUGUAUGAGUGCACAGAGAUCAGAGGUCAAAAUGAGGCAGAGCUGGUGGUCAGGAGAGGUCAAUCCUUCCUCAUCAUCAUCACUUUCGACAGACCUUACGACAUUGACAAGAACGACAUCACGCUCUUAUUCAGCCUAGCGUCUGACGAAAGCGACAGCACUGUAGAGGAGCUCUUCAAGGUGACGGAAGACCAGGACACGUCUUACAAGCCGCGGAGAUGGGGCGCCACCGUCGUCAAGAAGGGAGGUAACUCCUUGACGGUAGAAGUGUUUUCACCCGCCUCUUCCCCAGUCGGUGUGUGGGACUUGAUUGUCAGGACCAUUGUUGGCGUCGAGAACGGCAAAGAACUCGUCUGGCAGUACAACCACAACGAGGACAUCAACAUCAUCUUCAAUCCUUGGUGUAAAGAGGAUGUGGUGUACCUCCCUGACCCCCAGUGGCUGGCGGAGGCGGUGGAGAACGACUCGGGGGUGUUGUACCAGGGGACACACGAUAACAUUAAGGGCAAGCCCUGGUACUUCGGGCAGUUUGAGGACGGCAUCUUGCACGCCGCUCUCCACCUCGUCAGAAAAGGCUUCAAUUUCAAGAUGACCCGCGCCAUGGGGAACGCCAGCAAGGUUGCCAGGGCUCUCUCCAGGAUAGUGAACUUCGACGACGACAACGGCGUCCUGCAUGGCAGAUGGGAAGGCGGUUUCGCCGGUGGCACGUCUCCGGACGCUUGGAUGGGGAGCGUGAAGAUCCUGAAGCAGUACAUGUCCACCGCAAAACCGGUCAUGUUCGGACAGUGCUGGGUCUUUUCCGGGGUCCUCGUUACAGUGUGCCGAGCCCUGGGACUGCCCUGUCGGAGUGUCACCAACUUUGAAUCAGCUCACAACAGUGACAAGGAACGUUUAAGCUUCGACUCGAUCUUCCGACCCAACUAUAGCGGUCGCUAUGUCAAUACAUCCAAGGACAGAGUGUGGAACUUUCAUGUCUGGAACGAGGUUUGGAUGAGUCGCCCUGACCUUGGAAAACAGUUUGACGGGUGGCAGGUUAUUGAUGCCACGCCCCAGGAAGCUAGUGAAGGCACGUUUUGCUGUGGCCCCGCUCCCGUGGAGGCCAUUAAGGAGGGGCUUAUCUACAUCGGCCAUGACACGUCCUUCGUGUUCGCUGAGGUCAAUGCGGACUGCGUGACCUGGGAAGAGGACCCAGAGACCCGGAAGCUCAAACAGGUGGCGCGGAUCAGGAACAGUAUCGGCAAGAACAUCAGCACCCACGAACCAAAUCAUGAGUCACUGGUUGGGCUGCAGCGACUGGACCUGACUGGCCAGUACAAACACCCUGAAGGUUCUGCUAAAGCACGGGGUGUGCUCCGACAGGCCCAGGCCAUGUUCAGAAAGGACAACUUAGUUGAGGAUGAGGAUGAGGAUGCGCUGCCGGCGUCAGAGGACAUUGGCUUGAGUAUGGACAAUAUCGACACCCUGGUGGGAAACGGCUUCUCGGUAAAGAUACACGCUCGCAACCUCAGCGAUGUCGUCCGCACAGUUACCCUGACUAUCGACAUCUCGUACAAGACCUACAACGGCGUCAUGACGGGGAUGGUGGCCCAGUCUGAACACACGGAGACGUUGCAAGCAGGACAAAGUCGCUCCUUCAGCUUGAGUGUGACACCCGAGCAGGCAAUGAUGCGCCCGAAGGAAGGCUUUAACUUCCAGAUCAAGGCUCACGCGAAGGUCAAGGACACCGGAAAUCUCGUCAUACAACAGUACAACGUCCAGCUGCGCCGACCUGACCUUGUCAUAAAGGGUCCCUCCACUGCUAAAGCCGGGGAGACAGUACAGGUGGAAAUCUCGUUCACCAACCCUCUCCCCGUCCUGAUGCCAAACUGUGAGGUGGAGAUUGACGGCAACAUGAAGGUGGUGGCUCCCUUCACGGACAACAUCAAGAUAGGAGACAUCUCUCCUGGACAGACCUGGAGGAAGACGAUCAAGAUGUCCCCCACGUUCUUCCCCCGAGCCCAGAAGAAGAGGGAGGCGAGCUUUGGUCUGGAGUCCGACCAGCUCGGUGAUGUCAGAGGAUCCUACGGCAUCAAACUCACUUAGAGCGACCAUAUUGACAAUUACAUGUGAUAGAUGUACAAUCGGUUCCGCUUCCACAUUCCAUAGCUUAGUGGUAUUAGAGCAAGUGACAAUAUGCUUUUCCUCUCUAAUAUUUAUUGCCGUUUGGGCUGCAUAAUCUCAUGAUGAAAAGAGAGGACAUAUGACGCAUUGCGCACUGUCCAUGACAAUAACGCAACGUUCGGUAGGCGUUAAACGACCAAAUGCUUAAUUUACUUAGGCUAUCUAGACUUGCCAAAUCUUUCUUGGCUUGAGUGGGAUAUUAUUGAUUUUUUAAAUUUUAUUCUCUAGAGUCUGUGACACAGACUACAGACGACAUUAUAGAAAUGUUUUGCAGUGUUCUCCUCAUUCAAGUCUUUGAGAAAAGAAUAUUUUUGGUGAGAAGAUUAUGUGAUUCAAAUGCAUAAUGGAACGUGGCAAGUGUGCCCCAAGCACCCCUGGAAUAGUGUAGUUCUCUUUGCAGUAACAUAACCUCAGCGAUAAUUUCUAUCGAAGUAUUCACAUUAUGCUCAAAUUUACUCAAAUAUAUUAUGUUCGCGGCGUUAUUAAUUGUACGUAUUGUUAUAACGUAUUGACCUUGCCAAGAGUCUACACAGCACUAGACGUCUCCAAGCCUUUGUGUUUUUAUAAAAUUGGAUAAACAGAAUCGUUUCAGACCGUAAACAGCAGCAUAUGAUUUAUUAUCGAAUAUGAGAACAUUGGCACUACAUAAGAUUGUGUAAUUUAUUAAACAUCUUUUUCAGCGUUGAAUAUUUACAGUGUAUAACGGUGUGCAUUGCUUAACAUUAUGUACUUUAUAAAGUAUUAACUGAUAUAAUAUCUAUUUUUUACAUUAUUUGUCGGGCUUAGUUUGACAUUUAUACGCAAACCAUCUGACUUCAAAAAUACAAGAAAAAUGUCAGCGGCGGCUUGAGAUUAAGAAAUCUUAAUAUACACGUGUACAAAUAAUGAAAGUCCCUUUGGCCCUCUAAAUCUACAUAUUUCGAAACAUUUGCCAGAAUCUAAACUAUAUAUUUUUAUAUGAGCUGUCUCACAUUAAUAUAUCGGCACGAUAGCAUUAUCAAAGUACUUGUAUGCCAGGUUCCUCCAUGGUAUCUGCUAGUGUGGUACGCUGCUAGGUUCUCAUUGAUAGAGCUCAACCCGAGGCAUGUUCCUACACGUAAAGUCUGACUGUUUUAAAUCAUUUUAUCUCAGAAAAGAUUUACAGCUUUAUUGAGUGUUAUUGACGCUAUAGACCUAAAGGGGGACUUGGCUCGGACAAAUUGCCAGUCAUAGCAAAUUUGAUUCCACUCCCCCUAACACCAUUCUGUUUGCAUAACAGAUUAAUUUUUUGGUAUUUAUCGCAAAUUAAUGCUUGGCAUAAUCACACAGAUACAGACUUAGUUUCACGCAUGACCCAUUGACUCGAACUGGGCAGAACAUCGGCAGCAGACCGCGGAGAGUAGCCCCCCUUUAAAUCUUAACUUUAUCAAGAGAAAAGUCCCCCUUUAUAUCUUAUCAAGAGAAAAGUCCAUGAUUUAUAUUGAAGAAUACCAAGAGCAGAGGGUCCGCUACGCGGGUAACAGACACACUUCACGGACUAAAUCCAUACUAUAGGAUAUAUGAGACAAAUUGGGUAGAAAGUUCAAGAAAGAUGUGACAUGAACAUUUUGAUCUCUCAACGAGAAAUUACGAAAGGUAACUGGGAUAAGCGCACGUAAAAUCAGAAACACAAAUCCACGUUAACUUUACUCUAGCUGUGUUGCAAUACAAGUAGACAUGACUUUAUACUAAUAGUUAAGCAUGCGUGCGGAAUCAUGUCAAUAACAUGAAACGCCACGUAAACGAGCCGUCUUCGUUUGCAACGGAACAGCACAAGUAGUCGCGAAUGCGUGACCAUCUGUCUCACUCUGGAAAAGCCGACCGUCGUGCAUUUCCUGCAAAAGAGCAACUGAGAAUAGCGAAGAAUGAAGAAAAUCUGGUGUGCUACUUGGUUGUGUACAUCCUGAGAAUCUGUUGAUUCUACUUCCGGACUGAACAGAUUCGAGUGAUUUCUCAGACUUCACUGUUAUGGUUGAUAUACAAUUUCUCUCUAAUUUUGCAAAGUAACCUAUAGUUCUGUCCGUUAAACGUGUUGAAAUGCACGUUUAAAGUGCACGUUUGCCUAUUUUAUUCAUGACUCAUAUUCAACUGCAACAGUGUGACGUCAUUCACAAUGGUUUUAUUUACAGGACUAUUUUCACAACAGCACAGACGCUAUUGAGACUCUUGAUAAUGUUCAGUGUGAUAACACUUUUGUACCUGGGACAUUUUUCUUUCUAAUUCUAUAAACUAAAAUAAAACACUUGUAAUUGC